UCAAGUCUGAAAGCAGACGCGCAACUUUCGCAGAAUCCACCUUAAAAUCUCUGCCUUAAACUGCACCAGCCCCCAAAAAUCCAAGGGGGGAACAGAAGGGGGGAGAGCAGAGUCCCCCUCCCCCUCUCCUCUCCCAUCCCUCCCCCUUCCUCCUCCCUUUGAGUUAACAAGGCCCCGCUCACUAUAUCUCUUUAUAUUAAAAAUAUAUAUAUUAGAGAAGAGCGAGGGAGAGGGAGAACCACCGCCACCCCCUCUCUUUUUUUUUAAUUUUUUUAAAAUUUUUUUUUUUUUUUGCAAGGAUCCCAAGAGCUAAGGUGGCUGCCGAGGGGAGAGCGGCGCCUGCCAAGUGGGGGAGGGUGGAGGAAACCCGGGAGAAGGCUUUCUCCAGCCCCCAAAGUUUUGAUGAUGACCAUGACUACGAUGGCUGACGGCUUGGAAGGCCAGGACUCGUCCAAAUCCGCCUUCAUGGAGUUCGGGCAGCAGCAGCAGCAGCAGCCGCCGCCGCCGCAGCAGCCGCCGCCGCCGCCGUCGAACCCUAGGCUUCCCUGCGGCUCGACCCGCCCGGCUCCCCCGUCUCCGGCGCGUCGCGCGGGCCGCGCCUCCGAGGCGGCGCAGGCUUCGCCCGACCAGCUGGCCCGCACUGCGCUCUGCAGCCCGCAGGGGCUGGGCGCCCUUUCGCCUCUCUCGUCCCCUCCGGGUUUUGACCCACCCGGCGGCCUACUUCGCGUGGGGCGCCGGGUGCGCUUCGGUGACCCGGGGGGAAGCUGGCACGGCCUCCGGCUCUGGUUAAGCUGCCAGGCCGAGGGGGCCCUGCUCCUCGGCGGCGAGAGCAGCCGCCCCGGGGCGCCGCGCACCCCGGGGAGCGGCCGGCGCCGCCUCCGCUGCGGCGGAGCUAGGCUGUUUGCCUCUCGGCCCGGGGCGCUCCCUGCACCCAACCACAGCACACGAUUAGAGCCAGAGUCAGGGUCUGAAAGAAGCUUUUGCAGCCGCCGGGAGUACCCGGGCCCUGGGAACCCAGAGAGGUCAGGGUGGCUUGGGGACGCUUCAAGGAAACUGUUCAUGGCUUUGAAGAGUCUCGGCACAGGCCAGGCCAAGCUCGGGGAGACCGCAGCAGUAGCCUCACGGGUGAUCACUCCUCUGUAUCCUUUGCUUGCAGAUCAACAAAAAACCACAGUGAUUGAAAACGGGGAAAUCAGGUUCAAUGGAAAAGGGAAAAAGAUUCGGAAGCCUCGGACCAUUUAUUCCAGCCUGCAGCUCCAGGCUUUAAACCAUCGCUUUCAGCAGACUCAGUACCUGGCCCUUCCUGAGAGAGCUGAACUGGCAGCUUCCUUAGGACUGACACAAACACAGGUGAAGAUAUGGUUUCAGAACAAACGCUCUAAGUUUAAGAAACUGCUGAAGCAGGGCAGUAACCCGCACGAGAGCGACCCUCUCCCGGGCUCCGCGGCCCUGUCGCCGCGCUCGCCGGCGCUGCCUCCGGUGUGGGACGUUUCUGCCUCGGCCAAGGGCGUCAGCAUGCCCCCCAACAGCUACAUGCCAGGCUACUCGCAUUGGUACUCCUCUCCACACCAGGACACGAUGCAGAGACCACAGAUGAUGUGAGUUAUCCGAGGGCAAAAGAUACCCUAGGGAGACGUCUGAACAAGGCAAGGAGGAUCCGGGACCUGCUUGCAUCUGCCAAACCGAGCCGAAGGAGCAGGCUCGGGAGAACUCUUUAUGUGUGGCCAGACUGUCUGGGCGCUUGUUCCCUUCUCUCUCCUCUCCCAUCCCCUCGGUCUCUCUCACACUCUUCCUUUUUUUUUUUUUUUUUGCCUCCCUUCUUCCCACUUUUCUUUUUAAAAUUCCUUUCCCCAUCUGCCUUUUCCCUUGAGCAGCCUCAGUAAUUGAUUUUGAAUCUUAGAGAGAGAGAAGGAGAAAGAGAGAGAGAGAGACUGGUUUCUAGGCCAGUGCUCCUGAAGCCUCUCACUGUAAGGAUAUUUUCCCUCACCCCUUGGGAUCCAGGCUCUGAGCCUCUUUUUCUCUUUGGGAGUAUCCAUCAAAACGACUUUUUAAAGCAGAUAUUUUCCCCCACCAGAAGAAUCUGUGCAAACAUGGCAGCGUUUUUACUUGUUUAAUGAGCUUAAGACAUUACAUGAUGAAAAAGAAGCAGUUUGGACUCCUGCAUUUUUAUUUACAAUCCCAGACUGACAAAAAAAGAAAGAAAGAAAGAAAGGACAGAAAAGAAAAAGAAACCCUGACAUAACAGCCCUUCUCUAAAGAAAAAGGAAAAUUCGGCUGUAAGAUUAGAACAUUGCCACGAAAGGAAUGCUGCAUGUUUUAUCAAAAUGCAAUGAGCACGAAUGAUGAUUUAAACAAAACAAAACCACUUUCCCUCCACCCCUACCCCCAAACCCUGAACUGGAAUCAGGAAAGACAGAGGAAACAACCAAAAUCACCAUUCUAUUGCUUUGAUAUCUUUACUAGGUGAAUUGGUGGCAUUCACUAAGCUAAUAGGGACAUUUAUAUCAAGAAACAUUUCUGUAUAUAUUGUUGAAUUUUAGUUGUACAUAUACUUUGUAUGUUUUUGUCUUCUUUCAUAUAUGGAGUAAAAGCCACAAAACGCUGA